GAGUGCCCUCUUGAGUGCACACUCAGCGCCUCUGUCACCUCAGCUCGUGGCCUUUCUGAGGCCCGUCGGCGUGAAUCUCCGUCAGGAGAGACCCCUCCGGUGGUGACCAGGGCUCAGCGUGAGCACCAGCUGCCCAGAGGUGGGGGCUCAGCACCCGGACCCCAGGCCUCCCUGGUCAGCCCUGCCCUGUGAGCUGUUGCAGUCCUCUCUCGUGUGGAGAUUACAUCUCCCUCCCUGGCCCUCCCUUCCAUGGGGGAAACUGCGUGCCGAGCAGCAAGCCCAGGUCCAGGUUUCAGAAAGGCGCUGGCUGCUGGGAGCAGGCACCUCCGGGCCUGCAGGGCGUCUGCAGGGAGCACGUUUCCUCAUUCCUGAGCAGCUGCACGCACCGUCUGCAGGCAGCACUCCCGCGGCCCCGGCUAUUUAAGGCCGGUGCACGGAGCCGGCUGGGAGUCACAGCACCGGGAGCGCAGGUCCACGCACCCAGCACCCUGCACCGCAGAAGGGACCCUCCACUCGCCAUGGCUUCCCUGGGACAGAUCAUCUUCUGGAGCGUUAUUAGCAUCAUCUUUAUUCUGGCUGGAGCAAUUGCCCUCAUCAUCGGGUUUGGUAUUUCAGGAAGACACUCCAUCACAGUCACUACUCUCACCUCAGCUGGGAACAUCGGGGAGGAUGGAAUCCUGAGCUGCACUUUUGAACCUGACAUCAAACUUUCUGAUAUCGCGAUACAGUGGCUGAAGGAAGGUGUUCUGGGCCUGGUCCAUGAGUUCAAAGAAGGCAAAGAUGACCUGUCAGACCAGGAUGAAAUGUUCCGGGGCCGGACAGCAGUGUUUGCUGACCAGGUGGUAGUUGGCAAUGCCUCUCUGAGGCUGAAAAACGUGCAACUCACAGAUGCUGGCACCUAUAAAUGUCACAUCAUCACCUCUAAAGGCAAGGGGAAUGCCAACCUUGAGUAUAAAACUGGAGCCUUCAGCAUCCCAGAGGUGAACGUGGACUACAAUGCCAGCUCUGAGAGCUUGCGCUGUGAGGCUCCCCGCUGGUUCCCCCAGCCUACAGUGGUCUGGGCAUCUCAGGUGGACCAGGGAGCCAACUUCUCAGAAGUCUCCAACACCAGCUUUGAACUGAACUCUGAGAACGUGACCAUGAAGGUGGUGUCAGUACUCUACAAUGUCACCAUCAACAACACAUACUCCUGCAUGAUCGAGAACGACAUUGCCAAAGCCACCGGAGAUAUCAAAGUGACAGAGUCUGAGAUUAAAAGGCGCAGUCACCUCCAGCUGCUGAACUCCAAGGCUCCCCAGAGUGGCGCUUCUUUCUUCGCCAUCAUCUGGGUGAUCCUGCCUUUCUGUCCUUACCUGAUGCUAAAAUAAUGCUCCAUGGCCACACAGAAACAUGCUAAGUCAUUGAUGUGACAGAAUCCCAGGAAUCUGCAGAACUAUUUCACCGCAGCAUAUGACCUAGUUUUAUAUUUCUGGGGGCAAGUGAAUUCAUGUCUAGAAGCCUGGAGUAAACAAAUAAGAUCAAGAUGCAUCAGGAAGCCAAAAGCAACCCACAGAAGACUCCAGUAUGAACAAGACAUAUCUGUCUUCAAAGACAUAUAUUAAAUGCUGGACGAAAGGAUUCAUUUAAACUACAGAAUUGUGUUAAGACUGCUAAGUAAAAUGAUACCCAAACAAGUAUGUCCCCAUAUCUCAGGGACUUCCCUGACCCACCAGGAGUGUGGGGUGGGAGGGGAUAUCACAUCUCCCUGGUCGCCGAAUCCUAAGUUUUAUUGCUGUUAUGUUGCUUUCAGGAAGUUCCUAGAAAGUUUCUAUUGCGAUACAUUUGAAAAAAAACACAUUUGGGCCUCCCCGGUGGUGCAGCGGUUGAGCGCUGGGUUGCGAAGCUACCCACGGCCUCUGCGGCGCCGGUUCGAUCCCCGGC